UUUUCAUAAACUUUCAACCAUGUUGUUUUUAAUUGUGUUUCAAAAAUACAUCAGAUUCAUACUAUUAAUUACAGUAACUAUGGUUACCAAAUUACAUUUUCGUGAGGAUUUGUUUCUGUCAUCAGCGUCACGGAGGAGACCAGUCAGGCGGGAGAGAUCCUCAUUUGGGCAUGUUUCCGCACACGGCACCCUCGUCACAUUUACGCACGUCUGAAACAAACAGAGUGGGGCAGAUUUGAAGGGUCUGGAGGACUAUAAAUCUCUGAGGAUGCUCUUUCAGUCACAACUUUCCACAAACAGAACCAUGAAGCCACUACAGACUGAUCACAGAGGUAAGUUCGAAUGGAGGCCUUAAAUAGGGAAUGUUCCUCUUGAACAACAUGCCUUGAGCUUUUUAAAUUAAGUCUGACAACACUUUUCUUGUUGAUAUGUAUAUUUGUUAUUUUUGCUGAACGAUCCAGCGCCACCUAAAGGUCUGUUUAAUACAUUGUUUAUUUUUUUUUAAAUUUAAACAUAUCACAUCUGAACAUAAAAACUUUCAUUCAGGACAUCUUAUGCAUGCAAUUAGUGCACAUGGUAAAACUAUGUAUACUUUAACUGAAUAAACAGGUAAAUUAUUUCCCCAUUUUAUACUUUUAAGAGCAUUUCCACCAAAAAAAUCUGCACUAUUAAUACAACUACUAUAAUAAUAUAAUGAAAUAUUAGCGAUAUAUGUGGUUUUACUAAAAAGAAAAUGUUUUCAGAAUGCAUGGCAUCUAAUUUUGAAUAGACUCACUUAACUUGACAACUUUUUAUCUGGCUUUACCUUCUGGGUUGGGUUUUGGUUCCUACUAAGUUUUUAUUAGACUCUGGGAGGUUUUCGUUCCUGCUUUUGCCACUUGUAAAGCUGCUUUGUGAUACUGUGCAUUGUUAAAAGUGCUGUGUAAAAGGUGCAGUUCAACUGAACUGAGUUAUCUGAAGCUCAGUUUAACUGAACUGAAUGCAGUCUUUAUUAGGCCCAUUCCAAAAUCAGGCACACAAGGGCUUCAUCCGAAACCACAUACUCUCUCGAGUAGGUAGUUAUUUUGAAUAGGUAAUUAGUUUGUGACCGCUAAAAACGCAUGUUCUAUAUAGAAUGAAUGUGAGUAGAAUGAAUGUAAUCCAUACAUACUGCGUUUGCCAUGUUGUCAUUAUCAUGUGACCAGGGUUUGACAUUAAUACCCGCCAUUUGUUUGAAUGGGAUAGUAACGUGUCCAUUGUAUGCACACUUAAAAUCUCGCAGGAAGUAGUAGGUCAUCCGGGUACUUUUUGCCUACUCUUUUAGUCCUGUAAAUAACUUCUUUUGCCACCUACUGCAUAGUACGGAAGUAUGCGAUUUCGGAUGCAGCCUAUGGCCUUGUCCCAAAUGGCACACUUCAUAUGCACUUACAGUCUUGUGGACUUACAAUGGUGAUCGUGAAGUCCACGCGACCGUAGGGUGUCCCAUUUUUCAUUUUAGGUUUCAGAAGGGUGCUCACUUUGGGGUCGAUAUGUGCCCUCGAUGCACACUUUUGCUGAGACCGCACUGGUGCGAGCUCUGCAGCAAACUUCUUCCCGACAACCAAAGUGGCAUUAUGUCAUGAAAGUGUGGACUCGUAGGAAGACAGCGAGUGUUUAGAGUGCCAUUUGGGACAGGGCCUAUGUCUCAAGUCACUGGUUGCUUAUUAUGUAUAAAGGAACAACAGCAUCCUCUAGUGACUGAAAGAUGACAGUGUAUGAUAACAGAUCUAUCAGUGGUAUCUUGCAAAGUGUUUGUCUCCAAGCACUUUCCAACUUCAUUGUUGCGAGGAGUUUGUAACUGGUGUGCUUUAAGCUGCUUAGUUUCAUGUUCUGUAGAAAUCACACACACACAAAAAAAAAUCAAAAUUAUAAAAUAUUUGUCCAAUUUAUAAAAAUGCUCAGUAAGAUGAAAAAAAAUUAGAUUCAUGUUUGACACAAAUUUAGCUCAGUGCAUAAGCAAAGUGCAAAUAAACAUGUCAUCCCAUGCCGUGACUGUAAGAGGUACUAAUCUAGAGCGUACAAAAUCUGGUUCCUUAUUUUAAAAUGUCCUUAUUUGAAAGUACAGUGAACAGAUGUGCACAAAAUGCACUCAGCUUUUCCGCUGCCAACCUCAGAUGCUAGAUAUGCUGUGGCAAUGUCUGAGAGAGCGACAGAGAGAGUAAGUCAGAUAACUGCGUGUGUGCUAAUGCACUAGAAGAAAACUACAGGAACUAACAUUUGUAGGAGGGUGAAGCACAUUGACGGACGGUCACACUGUCACACGCUAAUCUACAAUGGAUCAAGCAACAGUCCACACUCCCCUGGGGGUGUCAGGAGGGGCAUCGCCACCUGCACUGCCCAUCAAACAGCGCAGGAGCACGUCUUCUUCGAGCUCCAUCCAUGAUCUAGAUCUGAAGGUAGGAGAUCUACUUUUGUCAGGACCACAGACCCCUGUGUCUCCAUUUGCUGAAGUGUUCACUCCUACCUACUGCAAUGCAGCCCACUGUCCAAUACAUCAUCGCUACGAAAAUCACCAGACAAGAUUCUUCUCAGAUCAAAAUCCUCCUCCAGUACCCAAAAAGAGUCUGAAGAGAACCCUAUCCCUCCCAGUGGAGGCUCUGGACCCAACUUACCCUGAUCAUACAGGAGCCUACAACUAUGAAAAUCCAUUAUACAUGAUAGCACCUUUCCAGAGCACACUUACACUACAAGAGGAAGAAGUACAAGAUGAGCUACAUCAAGGUCCGUCCUUGCACAAGGUGAACUUUGAUACACCAGAUGAGCAACUUCAAAGAGUCUUCGCAAGCUUCCAGAGUCAUGAGCAAGUUUCCAUGGGUAUUCAAGAGUGUUAUCUUCAGUUUCUCAAGAGCACAUUGCAAAACAUUGAAUCGAGCAUCUUCCCAAAUGAACAGGAAAUGGAGAUGGCAAAGACUUCUCAGCCUAAUGACUUCAUAUUGUGUGAGCAGCAAUGGCCUGAGAGGGAUGCUUUCUACUUGGUGCGCUGUUCAAAGGUUCCUGGGAGACUGUUUUCAGCAAAGGUUCACGGAGAUGAUUUGGUAUCAGAUAUAUGCAUGCCACAUCCUAACAUUGAGCAAAGAGUGGUCCAUUUCCCACACUGCACAGCUACGGAUCAAACUUCUACUUCACAGCAUGCUCAGACAACUUCAGAGCCUUCACAUGGGGACACCACUGAAGUACGCCAACAGCAAACAGUAGCUGAUCUUCUGGAGAAAGGUUUUAGUGUGACAGUGGUAAGAGACUUUCCAUUGGGAACACUAGAGGAUUUUGUUGAGGAAGGACACUCUUUGCACUCCACCCUUCCUGAAGUUUAUGAGAGGAGGCUUUGUCUUCUUGCCCUCCAGUUGGUACAAGGACUACAGCAGCUGGUACAUUUUAAAGUAGUUUACAGGAAACUGAAACCACAGAGUGUGACUUUAGUGUGGCCGCCUAUCACGAGUAAGGUGGCUGGCACUAGGGAAUACCCUAGUGAAAUGAAGAAGGUAAGGGACGUGGACACUUCCAAAUGUACACCCGGGAUCACAGUGUCCAAAGAGCAAAUACACAACGAGGGGACGAAAAGUGAGAUUUGUCAAACCUUAUGGGAAAAAUGGGGCACCCCUCGUUUGGUUCUGCAAAGCCAUUUCGAGGAUGAAGUUUUUCAAGAAGCAGCAUCCCAAGAGUUCCAGUUGGGGAAUUUGUUGAGGUACUGCCUACAUCUCACUGAAGAUUGCUCAUCUGUGUGGAAGUUGCCACAAGACACUCCCUAUGCUCCAGGUUUGCUGUGGCUGGUCACCCAGCUUACAUCUGAGAAACCCGGGCUACUAUUGGCCGAUGUGGCAGGUGUCCUCAAGGCCUUGCUUUGGGGUCCACGACAGGGACUUUUUCAGCAGAACCAACUUGAGAGCUCUGUGUUUUCUAAUUGGCUGCUACUUAAGCAAUCUCUUUUAGUCCUCAAGCUUGCAGAGAAAGGACUCUUUCAGGAUCAGUAUGGCUUGGACUGGGAAGACUAUCUCUGCCUGCAAUAUCUAUCCCUUACUGACCCCAAGACUAUGCGUAGCAUAACUGAACGCAUGGGCCUUCAUGACUUUAUUAGACCUGCUUAACAUAAAAAUAGAAACGUUAACAUUUGUCAGUUGGUAUGCCUUAGAUAUAGCUGUAGACUAAGGUAGCUAUAAAACCUAAAUGUAGUUUUUAAAACCUAAAAACAGAUCACCUUGUAGCAUAUUUGUAAUUCAUAUUCAUGUUCUGCUGUAUACUUCCUAUCAUAAAAAAAUAUGUACAGAGCCCCACACAUGACAUGCAGAAAAAAAAAAAAUAGGUAUCUUGGCCAUGAAGCAUCUGUUCCCAUCUUUUAGUUAAAUUGGGGCCACAUUUGAUUAUUUAGUUCCCUUCUUUUAGGUAAAUCUUUGAGAGACAUUAACUAAAAUUCAGGGACCAAUUCUUAAUUUGUGGCCACAAUAUUUCCCCCCCUCGCCCCCAUUUUUUCCUGGUUUUUCUUGCUAUCAAAUCAACAUGUACAACACUUGUUACAUAUUAAACUAUUUUAUCAUAUUCACGCGUGUCAGAUUAUUCCAAUGUACAGUAAAGGCCUCUCCAACAUAUGAUGUAUUAUUACAAAAUCAGCUUAUUGUUGGAAGUUGACCUUGUGGAGUUUACUUAUUAACAAUACUUGGAAAAAAAAUGAGCAUUACAAAACAUCAGGGGUUAAAAGGACAAUAAAGUGUUCUGAAAAACCCAGUGAGACAUGGUCUAAUAAUUUACAUAAUGCAUGUGGAAAUGAAAAGAGGUAGCAAAACCAAGUGAAUGGUGUAGGGUGAGCAUUUUUUAUUUUGCACACUGUAGCAAACAUGCAGACAGAUCCUAUUGAGGCCAUAACUAAAAACUCAAAUUCAUGCACACAUCAAGAAAGAAAACACAACUUGAAGCCAACGGU